AUGUCUUCCAACCAGUCCAACAUGGCGUCCAACACGCACGGCAGUCUCACCCUCACCGCCUCGCAAGCGGGGCCUACCACUCUCCGUCUCAGGGCCGAGGCCGAGCCGUCCGAACGCCGUCCUCGCAUUCAGUGGGCCGAAGAUGUGAUUGACAAUGAAGGCAUGGGAAAGAAGAGUUCAAAAGUAUGCUGUAUCUACCACAAGCCACGUGAGGCUGGCGAAUCUUCCGACGAAGACUCUUCCUCGUCUUCUUCCUCCGACUCGGACAGUGAGCCCGAUACCAGCAGGGCCCAGCCUGCAAAUCGUCGUCGCAACCAGCCCCACCAACACCCAACCGGCCCAUGCGACCAUGACAACACUGACCCUUCCCACUCGCACGGCUCCGCCAAGGGCAAGCAAAAGGCUCGCAAGCCCAGUCCCAAUGCCUAUGAAAGAGUUCCCAAAAGGAAGACUCCCAAGAAGGACUGA